AUGUCACUUGAUUUGCUUACGGCACAAGAAAAGGCUGAACGCAGAAGAGAAAAGAACAAGUUGGCGCAAAGAAAGUAUCAAUUGCGAUUACGACAGCAGAGAAUUGAAGAAAACGAGGUCGAGGAAACGCGUAGAAUUCGGGAAAGAAAUAACUUAUUGAAGCGUAAACAACGAGACAGCUUUACCCCGGAGGAAAAUGAAGCACACCGGGCCCGUAUGAGGCAGUACGUACAUAAUCGUGCUCAAAAUGAUCCUCUUUUUUUGGAGGCAGAAGCCGAAAGAGCAAGAAGAAACCGUGAGACGAGUUUGGUCCCUGAAGAUAGAAGUGACAUUCCUGAAGAUAGAAGUGACAUUCCUGUAGAUAGAAAUGACAUUCCUGAAAAUAGAAUUCUAGUAGUUCAUCUGAUUCAGAUGUUGAAUCUGGGGAUGAUGAUGGUGAUGAUGAUCGUUCUGAAAGACCCAACAGAAGACCUCUUAAUUCUGAAGUAA